AUGGCGCUCGGGCCGGGCGACAGGCCGAGUCAGCGGACGAGGCUCGGGCGCCGCCGAAGGUCGCAGGAGGCUCACGGCAGCUUGGCCAAGCAAGCAGCAGCGCUCCUGGCGAACAGGAAACAGGCGGAGGUGGCUCCGCAGGAGAAGAGGCGUCGCAGCUCCCCGCCGGUCAGGUGGCAAGGUGUGCACGAGAAGCCGCGAAAGGAGGCGUGGCCCAAAGCGCAGCGCUGGAAGGCGCAGGCGAAGGCGAAGGUGCACGAGAAGGCGCGCGUGGCCAAAGACAAGGGUCCGAACCUCGCGGACGACGUGCUGCUGCGCAGCGAGAGCUUGGACAUGGACCUUUUGCCAUGCGAAGAGGUCUGUCUCGGAGGAGACGAGGACGGCAAGGAGAAGGACCGGGACGAGGACACGGACACUGUGCCCCUGGGCUUUACGCUCCAUGUGUCGAGGCUUCCGCCGGAUGCUACGGAGUCGUCCCUGCGGAAGAUGUGCCAAUACUUCGGUGUCCAGGUGGUGCGCGUACGGCGCCCCUCGCCGCAGGAGGCGGAAGUGUUGCUGGGCCCGCUCUCCGAGCCGGAGCGCACCAGGCGCACCCAUUUGCUUUGCUGCUUCCUGGAGGAGCGUGCCAAGUGUCAGGUUACAGUGCAGGGCGGAUUGCUUCUGUGA